AUGAGCCAAAACGAAGAAAAGAAGGUUGAAACCACUGUUGAGCCAACAGUCGAAGCAAAGGUCGAGAAAAAUCCUGUUCAAGACGACGAAGAGGAUGAUUUGGACGACUUGUUGGACGAAUUCGACGAACAGGUUUUGAGUAAGCCUCCUGGAGCAGCAUCGUCCCAGAACCAGGGUCCUUCUGGUAACAGUCAAACGACAAGUACCACAAAGAAGCCAUCUGAGGCUCCUCAGGAGGACGACUUCCAGAUCAACAUGGAGGACCUCAUUAAGGACCUUAACAUUGAAGACCCUAAGGCUAAGGACGAGUUCGAGCACUUGGUGAAGCAAUUCGAAACUACACACAGAGCUGAUGCAAAGAAAGCCAUGGAUCCUCAGAACUUUGACAGUGUGAUGAAGGACACUAUGGAAAGAUUGAAGAAGUCUGGCGAGAACAUCGAUGAACAGUUGAAGAAUGAUCCAUCUAGUUCCAACCCAGAAGAUAUGCUCACACAACUCUUGGCCGGCUUGGGUGGCGGUGCAGGUGACGGCGAUUUCGACAUGUCCAAGCUCUUGACUGAUAUGUUGGAGCAGUUGUCUUCCAAGGAUGUUCUUUACGAGCCAAUCAAGGACCUUAACACAAAGUUCCCAGAAUUCUUGAAGGAACAAAAGGGCAAGAUCCCUGACGAUGAACACGCUCGUUACACAAAACAAUACGAGGUUACAAACGAUAUCAUGGCUCUCUUCGAAAGCUCAGAGUUCGAUAAUGAGAACACAGAAAAGAGAGAGGAGGUUAAUAAAUUGCUUGAAGGCUUGCAAGAACUUGGCAACCCACCAACAGAAUUAGUUGGUGAUGUUAAGGACUUCCCUGGUCUUGGAGACUUGGGUGCUUUGGGCGGCGGUGGUAACGGCGCCGAUGGGCUUGAUUUUGAUUCUAAGGACUUACCAAAGGAUUUGGAGAAAGAGCUAGAGGAGGGCUGCAAGCAGCAGUAA